GCGUCAGCUUCUCGCUCCGCCGAGACCUCCGCGUCGAAGUUCCUGCCGGGGACCACGCGACGUGCAGGUGGUGACAGUGGAGUUAUUCGUUCCCGCAGUUCGUGGCACUGGAGCAGUGCCGAGGAGGCCCAACACUUUGCAAGUAUUUGCGUGCAGUCUUUAAAAGACUGUGAACGAAAUGUAAAUAUGUUAGACGUUCAAAAUAGUCAAACCGCGCCCGGCGAACGCGAAUGAUGGACUCGGACUCCUUGGGACAAUGGCAGCAAGACGUUCGGGGCGUCGCAGAGAAACGGGACGGGCUGGCGAGAUGCGACGACGACGACCGGUCGACGAGGUGCCAAGCGAACAAACCCCGGAACCACCUCCUCCUCCUCCUGCUGCUCCUGAGGACGACGCCCAUGCCAGAGAUCCUUCCACGGGGGGUUCCGCUGUCGGGAACAAAGCCGGCAAAACGAGAAAAUCAAAGGCCGCCGUUGGUGCGAGAAGGACGCUGCGAGCGAGGGCGCGGUGUCAAGAUCCACCUCGUCACGACGGAACGCAAAUUAGGACGUCGUCACCUGAGGAUGACGCCACGCCACUGCGCGCGGACGGGCUACGGGCCACCAGCACGGGCACCGCGGACUCGCCCCGAGGUAACGCUGACAGCGUUCAAACCCAAACGCUGCCGGGGGCGGACAUCCGCAGCAAGCCGUCUUCGGCGGCCGCGAUGGAAGCUCCAGACUCUCGCCAGCACAAAGCCGCCCUCCCGCUGCUGCGCAAGAGAAGACGUUUGGCGAACAACGACUUGAGGGAUGCGAGCGGAACAAACCCCACCGAACACAAGCGCGGAGCCCGGGGGACCGCCAACCACCAGAGGCCUGCGGGCCCACGGGACGUCGUCGCCGACCGCCAAGGGGGCUCGGCGGGCCCAAGCGGCACGGCCGCCCUGUCGCCGGGCCGCACCGCGCCGGCACAUUGGCGCAGGCUCUUACCGAGGAAGACGCCGGCCACGCCGGCUGGAGGGUUGCGCUGCGCUCCACCACGCUACUCGGGUUUGCCCAUAGUGCCCACGCUCGUGCCAGUCAAGGUCUUCUUGGCCUCCUCCGGCUUCGCCGCUCCCCGGCCACCGUCACUUCCGCACGAACACCCCCACUCGGACAUCGCCAUCGCAGCCAAACCCGACGAAGACGGAGACACGGCGCUACACAUCGCUGUGGUGCAGCAGAAUGUGCAAAUGGUUAACAAGAUCGUGCAGCUCUUCCACAUGGGCCGGAUCAGCCUGGAUGUCUACAACCACUUACACCAGUCGCCGCUGCACCUGGCCAUCAUCACGGGGCAGGAGGCGCUUGUGGCCGUGCUGCUGAGUGGAGGAGCUUCUCCCGCUGCCCUGGACCGUCAUGGCAUGAAUGCUGUGCACCUGGCGUGCAGCGCCGGCCAGACCGACGUGCUCACCCUGCUGCUCGCCCAGCCAGCCUGCCGAGCGCUCCUCAACAGCCACGACUUUGCCGGGAUGACUCCACUGCACGUGGCAGUGAAGGGAAGUUGCAUCAGUGCUGUGUCCCGUCUGCUUGAGAAUCAAGUCAAUGUCGACGCCUUAGAUUGGAAAAACGGAGCCUCUGCUUUAAUCUACGCAGUGGAAAAUGACAACAAAGAGAUUGUAGAACUUCUAAUCAAGAAUGGUGCGAAUGUGAACCAGCAGACGUACGGCGGCAAUGCAGCCGUGCACGUGGCGAGUGGCCGGGGCCUGCUCGAGAUCACGUGCCUCCUCGUGAGGCACGGCGCCAACGUUGGACUCAAGAACACGCAGAAUGACAAUGCCUACACGGUCACCACCAACCAGCAGGUGAUCGAUAUUUUAAAAGGAAGAAACGCCAAACUUCACGUGACGGGUUCUGAUAAAUGUUCAUUGCACAGUCAACACGGUGGCAACUCUCCAAACAAACCGCGUGAUCUCCCAAAAGGUCCCGCGACCACCAGCAUGUUGAUCAACCGAGCAAGCCAAACUGACGAGCCAACAAUGAGUGUACCAUCAUCACCCCGUCAAAAUUCUCCUGUGCAAAACACAAGGCAGCCUGUGGAUGGCAGCAAACAAGGCGAAGAGACGAGUGCUUCAAAUACAAAGGGCAGUGUUACCGGGGCGCCAUCUACUGGAGAAGCGACUGAGUCCAUUGGUCACAGACGUAUAAUUAUGAAACGUGCAACUGCAAAGACGACGCGACCAUGUGUGGUGGUUUCCUCUGCAGAUUCUCGCGAUGAAGUUAAAGUCAAGCUUCAGGCUGCCAUACGAUCCAGAGUAGCAACGGCAACCUUCAAAACGACCCCGGGCACUUUAUCGCAGCGAGCACAGGUCCCGUCCAUCGUGACCUUGCAUCCAGUGACCCCCGUGAUAAAAGUUGUGACCACUUCGAGAUCGACUGCCUCCAAAGCUGCAAAUGCAUCUCACACUUUGACGAAAACUACACCUUCGGUCAAGGAGUCUUAUAUCUCCUUCGCAAAAGAGUGGCUGUCAACCGCAAAGGUAACGCCGCCGCCGAAAUGUAUAGCCACAUCAGUCAUAACCAAACGGCUUGAACUUGAAACCAAACAAAGUUCUAAAGAUCCAUGCACCCUACAACUUGAACCCACACAAAGCUCUAAAGAUCCAUGCACCCUACAACUUGAACCCACACAAAGUUCUAAAGAUCCAUGCACCCUACAACUUGAACCCACACAAAGCUCUAAAGAUCCAUGCACCCUGCAACUUGAACCCAAACAAAGUUCUGAAGAUCCAUGUACCCUACAACUUGAACCCAAACAAAGCUCUAAAGAUCCAUGCACCCUACAACUUGAACCCACACAAAGCUCUAAAGAUCCAUGCACCCUGCAACUUGAACCCAAACAAAGUUCUGAAGAUCCAUGUACCCUACAACUUGAACCCAAACAAAGCUCUAAAGAUCCAUGCACCCUACAACUUGAACCCAAACAAAGUUCUAAAGAUCCAUGCACCCUACAACUUGAACCCACACAAAGCUCUGAAGAUCCAUGCACCCUACAACUUGAACCCAAACAAAGUUCUGAAGAUCCAUGUACCCUACAACUUGAACCCAAACAAAGCUCUAAAAAUCCAUGCACCCUACAACUUGAACCCAAACAAAGUUCUGAAGAUCCAUGCACCCUACAACUUGAACCCAAACAAAGUUCUGAAGAUCCAUGUACCCUACAACUUGAACCCAAACAAAGCUCUAAAUAUACAUGCACCCUACAACUUGAACCCACACAAAGUUCUGAAGAUACAUGCACCCUACAACUUGAACCCAAACAAAGUUCUGAAGAUCCAUGCACCCUACAACUUGAACCCACACAAAGUUCUAAAGAUCCAUGUACCCUACAACUUGAACACACACAAAGCUCUGAGGAUCCUUGCAAACUCGAACCCAAACAAAGUUCUAAGGAACCACGCAAGUCUAUCAUUUCCAAAGACGUCGUAACCACUCAAGCAUCCUAAAGGAAUGCAUUUCUUUUACAAUGUUUAUACAAACGAGUGUAGUAUUGAUGCAUUGUUUAGUUUUUGUAAUACCGUGCUGUCCAGAUUAUAAGACACUUUUUUUUACCAAAAAUUGCGGCUGCCUCACAGUCUGGGUAUGUAUGAAUGUGUUAAUGUAUAUUUGUCUUUGUAAGUGUGUGUGAACAGAUUUGUGUAACGUUAUUUCGACUGGGCACAAGAUUGAAGUAUAUAUUACCUUCUGGAGUAUCUCUUAAGUGUGUAGAAUACGGAACAUGUGCAUUUUAUUAUUGUAUUGUUGUGUGGUCAGAUAUAUAUAUGAUGCAAGUACUGUAUAUUUAAUAUCGCGAUAUUUGUUCUAAAAUAUUGUCAAUUUUUAGACCACAGCGAUGUUGGCUCUGCACAUCGGUAACCCAGCGUGAGAGGCGCUGAAAGCAAAUCAACAAAUAAAUGAUGAGCCAGGAGGAUGUCUCUUGCUUGAUAGGAUAUGCCUGUCAAACUCUUUAUCAGUGCCUACCUAAUUACAGACCUUCAGACCUUAUUGGCCCUUAUAAAUAUCCACGGUCAUCCUACAGUCCCAUAACAGGGAUAAACACAAAUAAAGACAUUUAUUUGCCCGUAUUGAAACGGCUGUACGCCGAAUGGACCUGAAAACUCAGUUUCCCUGUUCAACAAAAAUACGGCUAAACCACAUGGGUUGACGGACGCAAGGGAGAUACACAAAGACACCGAUUGGUGCGCUGCAGAAUAGACUCCGCCUCUCAUGGGUGCAUGUAGCCAAUGAGAGUGCGUGAGGGGCGGAGCCACAGUGAGUGAGGGGCGUAGCUAAGGGAGACACGGGGCUUGACCAAUCAGAAGGCUUGCGUGUUUA